ACAAAAAAAAAAAAAAAAUUAUAUAAAAAUAAAUGUCAGACUCCGGCGGUUCUCCGACUUCUUCACCGCCAGCACCACCAGCCGAUUCAUCUCCACCGCCGGAGACUACUACUCCUCCACCGUCUGACUCAUCACCACCGCCACCUUCUGAUCCAGAACCGUCACCUCCUCCUCCUGAUUCACUCCUUCCUCCGCUACCUUCUAUUCUACCACCAUUAACCGCCACUCCGCCACCAACUUCUACUCCUCCACCAGCAGACUCAACCAACUCUCCACCGCCGCAAACAUCAACCAAAACCCCUUCUCCUCCUCCUCCUCCUACUCCUCCGGCAGAUUCAGAAACACCACCAGCUCCACCAAACGAACCCAAUAACCCUCCUCCAUCUCCAGACGUUCAAUCUCCUCCUUCUCCUCCUUCAACAAACCCUGAAACCCCACCACCGGAAUCUCCUCUGGCUACACCAUCAGAACCAACCAACUCACCUCCGGCUCCACCGUCAGACACCACCAACUCUCCCCCAAUCCAACCAUCACCACCAGCUUAUUCUCCACCCCCUAGCUCACUCCUUGCACCGCCCAAACCUCACGGUGGACCUGUAGUGCCUCCAUCAGCCCCCAGCAGAGAAACGUCUCCAACAAACAACGCCAAUGAAAACACCUAUCAAGGGAAGAGUAUGGUCGGUGUGGCUGUAGCUGGUGUCGCCAUCAUGGCCCUUAUAGCUAUUGUGUUCUUAGUAAGAAGAAAGAAGAAGAGAAACAUUGAUAGUUAUGCUCACUCACACUACUUACCACACCCUAACUUCUCCGUCAAGUCAGAUGGAUUCUUAUACGGACAAGACCCUAGUAAAGUCUACUCUGGUCCUGGUGGUUCAAUGUACAACUCACAACAGCAGCAGCAGCAAUAUUCUUCUAACAGCUACGGUAGCCAAAGAGGUCAUCAAAUGCAAUCCAACGACUCUGCCAUCCUCGGAACUGGCCAGACUCAUUUCAGUUACGAGGAGCUUGCGGAGAUAACUCAAGGCUUUGCUCGUCACAACAUUCUUGGAGAAGGAGGGUUUGGUUGCGUAUACAAAGGUACGUUGCAUGAUGGUAAAGUUGUUGCGGUGAAGCAGCUUAAAGCUGGAAGCGGACAGGGCGAGCGUGAGUUUAAGGCUGAAGUUGAGAUCAUUAGCCGUGUUCAUCAUCGGCAUUUGGUGUCUCUGGUUGGUUACUGUAUUUCGGAUCAACAUAGAUUGCUUAUCUAUGAGUAUGUUUCUAAUCAAACGUUGGAGCAUCAUUUGCACGGAAAGGGAAGACCGGUUUUAGAGUGGUCUAAGAGAGUAAGGAUAGCUAUAGGAUCAGCCAAAGGGUUGGCUUAUCUGCAUGAAGAUUGUCAUCCAAAAAUUAUUCACAGGGACAUAAAGUCAGCAAACAUUCUGCUGGAUGAUGAAUAUGAAGCUCAGGUUGCUGAUUUUGGACUUGCUAGACUAAAUGAUACAACACAAACUCAUGUAUCAACUAGGGUUAUGGGGACCUUUGGGUACCUAGCACCAGAAUAUGCAUCAAGUGGAAAACUGACUGAUAGAUCCGAUGUUUUCUCCUUCGGGGUUGUUCUCUUAGAGCUUGUAACAGGACGGAAACCAGUUGACCAGAACCAGCCUCUAGGAGAAGAGAGUUUGGUUGAAUGGGCACGUCCGCUGCUUCUAAAAGCCAUUGAGACAGGAGAUUACAGCGAACUGAUUGAUAGACGACUCGAAAAACAUUAUGUAGAGCAUGAAGUCUUCAGAAUGAUUGAGACAGCUGCUGCAUGUGUUAGACAUUCUGGUCCAAAACGUCCACGCAUGGUUCAGGUUGUGAGAGCAUUGGACUACGAUGAAGACUCAGGAGAUAUUAGCAACGGAAUCAAAGUAGGGCAAAGCACAGCUUAUGACUCAGGGCAAUACAACCAAGAAAUCAAGAAGUUUAGGAAAAUGGCGUUUGGUUCUGGUGAUAGCUCAGAGACAGGGAUGUAUAGUGGAGAUCACUCUGUCAAAAGCUCUUCUGAUUUCUCAGGGAAUGAAUCCGAGACUCGACCUUUCAAUAACAGACGGUUCUAAUUAACUGGUGGAAGUAAUACAUACCUCUUGCCUAUAUUCUUGAGCUAUGUAAAGCCAUUCUUUUUGUGUAUUGUUUUGAGAUGCAUUUCUUGUUAGGUGCCUUUAUUUUUUGUUUUGAGAGAGGAUGAUUAGUGAAGAAAUCUUAUAUAUAAACAUUUCUUCCAGAAAUUUGUUGAUUCAUUAAUUUUGCCAAUAUUCUUAUAGAAUUUACAUAGAAAAUGCUGUAUAUAUCACACCAAGAGACUAAAAAGUUCCAUACCCAUAAAAUCAAGCAAGAAAAGAAAAAAAAAACACAAGAAGAAAAGAAAUGAAGACAAAAUAAACAUAGAUAUGGUUGUGUUUUUGGACAAAUCAAGAUCAUUAGUGUCUUGGUCGGAACUCAAAGUCAGGACCUCCACGUCUGACUUCACCUUUAGCAUGAUGGUCUCCAUUUUCCGGUGACUUAAGCCUCACUCCGUGUUUGAUAACCGGAGGAGGAGGUGGACCUCCUCUGCCUCUUUCUUCUCUCUUGUUAUCAAACCCCAAUUCUAUAUCCUCUCCGUGACCUCUUCCAGAGAGUUUCUCAAUAGGUUCAUGCCGUUUCAUUUCCAAACCAA